AGGAGGAGGAGGAGGAGGAGACCAUCAGAGCCCACACCAUAGCCUCCCCCUCUCGUGCGGAGAUUUCUUUGACAACAAAAUCCAUUUCAACGUUCUUCAGACUUCAAUCUCUCUCUCUCCAGAUCCGAGCUCCAACUGGGGUUGCUCAGAGGUUUGAUUUAUGUCAAAUCUUUCAUGACAGCUACCCAAAAUCGCAUUAUUUCUGGGUUUUCUCCGAGAUUUCGUAUGGCUGAUGCCAAGAGUGACUGCAACAGAUAUAACGAAUCAUCUUUCCAACUCUGCAAUUGCUAUAAAGUUGAGAGCUUGACUGAAACCAUACUAGACACUACUCAGACCUCAAAUCUGAAAGAUAGGUAUGUUCUUGGAGAUCAGUUGGGAUGGGGGCAAUUUGGUAUAAUCAGAGAAUGCUCAGAUAAGUUGACUGGUGAGGUAUUGGCCUGCAAGUCAAUAUCCAAGAAUCGACUAGUGACUGAUGAAGAUGUAAGAAGUGUGAAGCUUGAGAUCGAGAUAAUGACUAGGUUAUCUGGGCAUCCAAACGUUGUUGAUCUCAAGGCUGUCUACGAGGAAGAAGGGUAUGUUCAUCUGGUUAUGGAGCUGUGUGCUGGUGGAGAGCUUUUUCAUCGAUUGGAGAAACAGGGGAGGUUUUCUGAAUCUGAGGCUAGAGUUCUCUUCAGGCAUUUAAUGCAAGUAGUGAGCUUUUGCCAUGAUAAGGGUGUUGUUCAUAGAGAUUUAAAGCCAGAAAAUAUUCUAUUAGCAACAAAAGCAUCCUCCUCCCAGAUAAAAUUGGCUGAUUUUGGUCUUGCAACAUACAUCAAUCCAGGUCAAAAUUUGCACGGAACCGUUGGGAGUCCAUUUUACAUAGCUCCAGAGGUGCUGGCUGGUGGUUACAACCAAGCAGCUGAUGUUUGGAGUGCAGGAGUGAUUUUAUACAUCCUUCUUAGUGGGAAGCCACCAUUUUGGGGGAAGACUAAAUCACGGAUAUUUGAUGCUGUUAGAGCUGCCGGUUUAAGGUUUCAGUCAGAUCCCUGGAACAGUAUAUCCGACUCUGCCAAAGAAUUGAUCAGAGGAAUGCUCCGAACAGAUCCUUCUGUGAGGUUCACUGCCCUUGAAGUUCUUGAUCAUACAUGGACUAAUGGCACGAAUCUGGUCCCGAAAUCACUGGUAAGCUGUGGAGAGCUGGAGAUAGCAGGAAGUCCAUCUUCUUCUUCUUCUUUGUUCAUGGCUAGGAAUGAAGACAUCAGUUUUGGGAUGGGAUCACCGAUGAUCUGCGAAGCAUUCAGUUGCAAAUCAUCUUUUUCUUCCUUCUUUGUGGAACCAGCGACACCUUUGCUGAAUUCAUGUGGGUUUUCUUUCCGUAGCAGUGGUGGGUCAUCAAACACGACCCUAGAUUUCUGCACCCCAAUCCACUCGAUGCCAAGUUUUAGGUUCUUUGGGCCAGGCCCAGAGACUGAAGAAGAGGGUUGUGUAUUAUUAGAGCAGGAGAGAAGGGGGGAAGAAAAAGAGCAGAGAUCGAGUGAGGUGAAAAGAGGAGGUGGUUCACGGAUAUCUGGAAUUCAUAACAAGCGAAACCGUACAAUUGGACUGGGAGAGUUUGAACCAUUGGAUCUGAUGGUAGCAGAGUCGGUUAUCCGUUGGGUGUCAUGCACACAUCUAUCGACUGCUUUGAGGUCUGAUUUUGUUUGUUGAAAGUGGGAUGAUAAUGAAGAGUUUGGGUUAAUUGGGAGUGGUUUGUGGAUUUUGACUGUGAAAACAUUCCUUCUGAUAAUAUAAAUGUUAGCAGUUUGACUUCUUAGCUUUUUACGAUUGAUUGAACGGGUUAAAACUACCGUAGAGAUGGACAAAAGGACCUGACCGUUUAAGGUUUGGUCCUAUUGUUUAAUAUAUGGGUCUGGUUACGAGC